CACGUUCAUUGCUUGUGGUGCGCACUCCCCGAUGGACUUGCUCGAUGAACUCGACCAAUUGCUCGCGCACGAGCGCGAGAGCGGCGUCCUUCCGCCGUCGUCUUACGUCCAGCACCUUAGUGGAUACACUUUUCAAGAACCUCUCUUGACGCCCCAUGGCAAGCCUGCGCACCCUGUGUGCCUCCCACUGCCGCUGCUGCCACCGCCUCAGGUUGACGAUGUCUCUGUCGAAAGCUUGCUUGCACAUGCUGUCUUGGACGAAGGUUCCGCCUUUCUCUGGCAAGGAGAACCCAGUCGAACACUGGUGGAAGUCCAAGUGUCGACAAAUCCCGUCGACAUCAAGGCCGUCAAGUCAUCCAUGGUUAUGAAUGCCAUGUCCCUCACGUACGAAUUUGCAUCCGUCGAUGCCGACGGCCAGUCGAUGGCGGAAACGUCCAACCUCAUGUUGCGCAAACCCACGCAACUCCAGGAUUAUGCACGUGGCAAAAUCGGCAACACGCCGUUUACUCCAGGUGGAGAAUCCCUGGUUCAGUCGUCAUCCGUUAGCGACACCACCGGUGUGUCUGCUCCAACUGUGAAAGUGCGCUCGACCGACUCGGCGGCGACUCUGGCGAUCGCCGCCGACUGGGAUGCCCACUUGGAUGCGUUCCUCGUUCCUGCCCCUGGCCUUGGCAACGGCUUGACCCGAACCGACAUUUUGCGCCAUUCCAGUGUCUCGCCGGCCUCCACUGCCGCCGAGCCGAUUGCUCGAGACACUGUCGGCGUGAAUCCAUCGACGCUCUUGCGGCCAUACUAUGACGUCAUUGCAGAUGCCGACUCGAUGCAUGCGCUCACUCGUGAGAUUGCCGAUGCCAAAGCAUUACGCGCCAUGGACGCGGCGGCCAACCCGGCGUUGUCUGUGCAAAGUCUCCUUGGCGAAGACGACGACGACUUGGAAUGGGACGACGAAGACGACCAGCCACCAGCGACAGACUCGCCGAACGAAGUGGUCCCGACUGCGAAAAAGCAAACCAGUCGCGAUGACUCGCCACGCGGCGAUCGUGCGAGCGACUUGGAUGACGACGAAGCAUGGUGGAUGGACGACAUCGCGUCAUGUGGAAACAAAGCGAACACGACGACGACGUCGUCGUCCUCGUUGGAGUGGGCGAGUGUGGCCGAAAUCGACGUGUCCAAUUUUUACGCGACAAUCCCAGACAUGGCGAUCACGUUUCCGUUUGAAUUGGAUUCGUUCCAAAAGCAAGCGAUCGUGCAUUUGGAAAACCACGAGUGUGUCUUCAUCGCUGCCCACACGUCGGCCGGGAAAACGGUUGUCGCCGAGUACGCGAUUGCCAUGUCCCAAAAGCACAUGACGCGCACGAUCUACACGUCACCGAUCAAGGCGCUGUCAAAUCAAAAGUACCGCGACUUUCGAACCAAGUUUGGCCAGGAUAACGUCGGGUUGAUCACGGGCGACGUCUCGAUCAACCCGGAAGCGAGCUGCCUUGUCAUGACGACCGAGAUUUUGCGAUCGAUGCUGUAUCGAGGGGCGGACGUGAUUCGAGACAUUGAGUGGGUCGUCUUUGACGAAAUCCACUACCUCAACGACUCGGAACGAGGCGUUGUGUGGGAAGAAGUGAUCAUCAUGCUGCCCGAGCACGUGUCGAUGGUAUUUUUGUCCGCGACGACCCCCAACACGUUUGAAUUCUCCGACUGGAUCGGCCGCACCAAACAAAAAAAGAUCCACGUCAUUUCGACAUUCAAGCGCCCGGUGCCCCUCGGCCACCAUCUCUACGCGGGCGGCGAGAUCAUCCCGAUCGUGGACGCGAACAACCAAUUUCUGUCCAACAGCCACAUGUACGCCAACCAAAAGGCAAAACCGAAAGAGGCCAAAGGCAAGCCGCCGCCGCCUCCUCGCGCGGCGGGAAACAGCGGACGCGGCGGCGGCGACAAGGCCGAAUGGACAAAACUCGUCCGGUUGCUUCAAGAAAAGACCCUCCUGCCCGUCGUCGUGUUUGCAUUCAGCAAACGAUUGUGUGAAGAAUCGGCGAAUCGACUGGCAGGGAUGGACUUGAGUUCGGCGUCCGAACGCUCGGAAAUCCACGUGUUUUGCGCCGCCAGCAUCCGUCGCUUGCAGGGAUCGGACCAAAAGUUGCCGCAAGUGCUUCAAGUGCGCGACAUGCUCGUGCGAGGGAUCGGUGUCCACCACGGUGGAUUGCUUCCCAUUUUGAAGGAAAUGGUUGAGAUCUUGUUUGGUCGCGGGCUGGUCAAAGUCCUCUUCUCGACCGAAACAUUUGCCAUGGGGGUCAACAUGCCCGCGCGCACGGUCGUGUUUAACGGCACACGCAAGCACGACGGAAAAACAUUUCGGGAUCUCUUGCCUGGGGAGUACACCCAGAUGGCUGGACGAGCUGGGCGCCGCGGCCUGGACGCCAUCGGGACCGUCAUCAUUGCGUGCUGGGGCGACGUGCCCGACGCCACGUCGCUUCGAACGAUGCUGCUGGGCCUCCCGACCAAACUCGAGAGUCAAUUUCGACUUACGUACAACAUGAUCCUCAACUUGCUCCGUGUUGAGGACAUGACUGUGGAAGACAUGAUCAAGCGGUCGUUCAGUGAAUUCCGCACGCAAAAAGCGCUCGCGUCCAAGAACAUUCCGCAUGCGAUUCAAAAAGCGAAACGGAUGCUAGCGCGCUUAGAAGACGAAUUGGAGCAAACGCAUGGCGGCCACAUGGAUGUGGACCAAGUGCAGCUCUUUUACGAGCUGUCGCAAGAGUCCAAAAUGAUGGAAAAACACCUUGUUCAGAUGAUUCUCAACUCCAAGUACGCCGCGACCGCGCUCUGCAUCGGCCGCGUCGUUGUCGUAUCGACCGCCGACUUGCCCGACGCCGUCGCAAUUGUCUUGCAAGUCAAUAAAGGCACAGUCAAGUCGUUUGUCGCGCUCGCGCUGUGUCCGCCGGCGUUUUCCCCACCCGUGGCACCGACCAAGCGAUUGGAAUUCCAACCACUUACUCGCGGUAGCCUCGGAGGCGGCAUGUCGAAGCCUGUGGGGCUCAAAGUUGGCGACGUGGGGUCGCUCCUCGGCAAACACUAUGUCGUGUUGGAGCUCCCUGAAUCCUGUGUCGACUUGCUCACGCAGGAUAAAGGGAGCACAGCAGUCCGCAACUUGUUGGAAGCAAACGACGUGUCCGUGCUGUCUCGAGCGAUUGAGCUGCUCAUGGACGUCGAGCCCAAGAUCAAGUACAUCGUCGACCCCCGCGCCGAUCUAAAAAUGAACGACCUGGACGCUGUUGGAGUAUACAACACCAUCCAAAACGCGUACUCGCGCAUGCAGGACAACAUUUGCUUCAACUCUCCAUUUUUGCUGCCCGUCCUGGCGCAGUUUGCCAAAAUCUCCAAGCUGCGCAAUUAUGUGGCCGCCAUGACCGCGGCGCUGUCCAACCAUUCCCUGUCCCUCUUUCCCGAUUUCCAACAACGUCUUCAAGUCCUGACGCGGCUGGGGUACAUUGCCAAAGACAACACGGUCCAGGUCAAAGGGCGCGUCGCAUGUGAAGUCAACACGUGCGAGGAAUUGAUUUUGACCGAAAUCAUUUUUGAAAACGUGCUGGCGUCACUCGAACCGGAAGAAAUCGUGUCGGUGUUGUCGGCGCUGAUUUUCCAGGAAAAGACCCAACACACCACGACCUUGACGCCGCGGUUGAUGGACGCCCAGAAAACGGUCCAAGCGAUUGCCACGUCACUCGGGUUGAUUCAACUGGAAGCCCAGUUGGAAAUCGACCCGCUCGAAUACGUCAAGUCGACACUCAACUUUGGCCUGAUGGAAGUCGUGUACGAAUGGAGUCGAGGAAUGCCGUUCCAGUCGAUCUGCCAACUCACGGAUGUCCCGGAAGGGUCGAUCGUUCGGUGCAUGACGCGGCUCGAUGAAGUCUGCCGCGAAGUCCGCAACGCCGCGCGCGUGAUUGGAGACCCACGUCUAUACCGCAAGAUGGAAAUUGCGUCGGAAAGCAUCAAGCGGGACGUUGUGUUUGCCACAAGCUUGUACUUGUCGUAAAUCCCGCCUGCUGCUGCUGCUGCUUCUUCUUCCUGUGGUGUUUCAUCGACGACGGCGGCAGCGUCAACGAAGCGAAUGCUCAUGAGGGUCGUCGUCGUAAUAGAUGCGACGAACCCCCGUGUCGAGAGCAUGCCCAGCAACGAAAUGCAGACACGAUUUCACCAAAGUCAUUUUCUCCCAGGGC